AUGUCUUCAUUCUAUGCCGCAGAAACCCCCGAGCGGGUGCAGAAAGCCCAAGGCCUGCACCUCAUAACUUCUCUAACCCCAAAUGGAAGAAAAGUCCACAUUCUUCUCGAAGAACUCAAAGAGGCCUACGGCCUUGAAUGGACGACAAGCCUGAUUGACCUCGACAAAAACGAACAGAAGAAAGACUGGUUUCUCAGACUGAAUCCUAAUGGGCGCAUCCCAAUCUUAAUCGACAACAAUACAAGUCCACCACACGUAGUGAUGGAAUCAUCCGCCGAACUGUUGUACCUUGUCAAUUUAGCAGACAAAAACGAUAUUUUCUGGUUUUCGGAUCCGAUUGAACAAAGUGAGGCAUUUCAAUGGCUAAUAUUCUGGCAUGCCUCGGGACAACCCAAUCAAGGGCAAUAUAAUUUUUUUCGGAAUAAAGCAGACCAAAGUUCUCUCGCAAUAGAUCGCUUCAAGAGCGAAGUGUUGCGAGUCUACGAUGUUCUUGAAAUCCGUCUUUCCGGGAGAUAUGGUGGUGGCACACGGGAAUAUCUGGCUGGGCGGGGUAAGGGGAAAUACAGUAUUACCGAUGUCAAUGCCUGGGCUUGGAUACGAAAUAUUCGACGCAUUGGAUUCUCGGAGGAUGAAUUGGCUCAGUUUCCUUAUCUGCAACAGUGGGUUGAUCACAUUGCGGCACGACCGGCUGUGGAGCGAGGCCUGGGGGAGUGGUACGACGAGGAUAUGCAUCCAGAAUUGUUGCUUGAGACUUCAGAACUCUAG